GGUUUGAGUUUUGCGCCAUCGUUUACAGUUGGCGGGAAGCUAGUGAGUUGCAAUUCUCGCGGCACUAGGAGGUUUUGGGGGUCAUCAUGUGUCUGCAGCCGUGUGCCGACCCGACGACCAGUGGCGUGUGGUGGCGGGAUGACACCAGAUGGAGCACGUACAAUGAGGCCAUGUCCGCUACCAUAAAAAAUGCGAAGCAACAGCGUGUACAUGGCGGCCCGACGGGAUCGAUAAAUUUGGAAGUCAUUUCUAGCCCGGCGCAUCCCUUUGGAACGCAGUAUUCGCUUAAUCUUGACACCAUGGAGCAAAUCAACAUCAGAACUGGAAUGAGGCGUCCGGUUCGGAUUAUUGACGCCGGCGUGCCUUUGCUAACCAAUGACGGGCAGAACCGUCCUCAGGGACUGAAUCUGUUGGUUCAUCGGCGAGAAGAGGAUGGUCGCUGGGUUGCGUUUGAUCCUGACCAGUCUCGCAGAAUAAUCCAGGCGGCUGCUGCUGGCCCAGGCAUUCUCCGGAUGAGUGACGGCUCGCGACAAGCAGGGGGAGGAGCUGAAGGCAUGGUGUUGAUUUUCCUGUCCGCUAUGGAGCAAUGGAUUUUCACUGGCAGUCGUUGGGUGAAGAAAGAAAUCCGGUUCGAGCUCAAGAGUCCGCCCGUGGUUAAAACAUCCAGGCAGGUUUUGUUUGAGACGUUUGAGCACCUUCGCUCAGAAACAGUAAUUUCAGAAGCAAUCCGGAAGAAGGCGCGGCCGAGUGUUGUCUUCACAACAAGGAGCAACCCGUAUUUGAAAAGCGGGAGCGUUUUGUAUGAGAGGUUCAUUACAGCUGCAGAAAGCGUCAAGCUUCUCGAGACAAAACAGGAUUCGGCCCCCGAGGACUUGACUCGAUCCUUUGCAAAUGUUCUUGCUGAUAUUAAUGCGGCAUGCCCGGCGGUUGAGUUGGUAUUUCAUGGGACCAACGUUGCAAAUGUGGAAUCCAUACUCCAGAAGGGAAUGGACCCUACCCGACGUAGAAGUGGAGGUGACUACUUCGGGAGGACUGUGUUAGACAGCCUACGCUACUGCACGCCAGCCACUUGCCCUCGCAAAAUGCUGGCAUUCUUCGUCUUAAAAGCGACUUCAUGGUACCGCUCAAGUUUAACAAGUGUAAUUGUUGUUCAGAGCGUACAAUUUGAGCUUCCAGUUGCAGAAUUGAUCCUCUCCUCCUUUGGACAAUGAAUCACUGGCUUUGAAGAAGAAGGUUUCAACUUCCAAAGAUGCUAUGUAGGGAUAACUGGUGGAAAGUGCCCAUGCAGAAACCUGUUCAGUUUUGGGCGCCCAAAGUUCGGCGGUUUGGUACUACUGGGCCAGUACCUGUCCAAACAACUUCCGCCUGGGUGAAAGGCAACUUCAAGGGGCUGAGCUUCAGGCGGCCAAAACCAGAAAGGUUUUGGCAUGGGCGCUGUCCACCGAUUAUCCCUACAAUGUAUGUCUGAGUAUCUUGGCCAGACAAGUACCUCGAUAGCGAUAGGUGUCGUGGGCUGAAGUACCUGAAAAGUCUCCCAAAGAUCUGCUAUUGCGGCCGAUGCCGGCAAACAAUGUUUCCUUUUGGCGAGACAAGGUUUUGGUUUGUGAAAGUGAAAAGAGGUGGAUGGAGAUAAUGCCGAAGAGACAUGGGGGUCAACAGAAUAUACUGAAAUGCACAUGGAGAUGCAGACCCCAAGGGGAAAAGAGAGACGUGAAGAGAGAAAAUAAAUAAAUAAGAUAUAUAGUACUGUCCUACAAGGAUCACCAUUAAGGUUUGUGUAGCAUUGCGGCAGAAUCCACACGCCAAGGACAUAUUGUGCUGAAAAUGCUUCUCAAGUUGUGGGUAGUGAGCACUGAGCUAGGCCUUGUGUAUAGAAUGAGAUAGGCUGGAAACAGCAAAGGAGAAUUGUAACCAAUAAAGGUGAAUCAGAUAUGACUCCUUUUGAGUCCUUUCUGAAGUCUAGUUUGUAUGUUCAACUUGUUAGUUUGGAUGCCUACACUAUUGACGAUUCCCAAUUUGAAUUUGUUUGACCAAGGGUCAAGGAUAGGAGUAUCGUUAGGGUGAUAGUUGGUAGUACUUGGUACAUCAUCAAGGCUGUCACGAUACAUGAAUACAACACAAUAGUUUGCUUUCUUUUUCGAAUAAAACAUGUGUUCUAUUCGAACAGCCGGAAUGUUCAAAUGCAACGCAUAAUAUGUGUUCUAUUUGAGAGUCACAAAGGUUUCGAAAAAACUGGAAAACAACGCAUGUGUUAUGUUCGGGGGGGAAGAGGGUAGUGGUGUAGUACUAAGCUUGUGAAUGUCAAUCUUCACCAGUGGCUGGGGGCCUGGGGCUGCAAGAAUCUUCAACCUUGUUGGGGGGGGGGGGAAGGGGGAAUGAGGCCUGCAUUUGGAAUUAUUUUGGAUGGUGGUAAUGACCGGACUAGCAGGUCUGUAUGCAUUGGAUUGUUGUGAGGGUAGGCAAGGCAGCUGCAUGCAAGGCUCAACGUGCAAAGUACUUUACGCGUCGACAUCAUGCUGCCAGCAGCCUGUGUCAGGUGAUCACAGGCAAUGAAUGGACCCUUGAGACUGGGUUCUGAAGGUUACAGUCUUCGAGACAUGCUGUCUGAGGCCGCAGCACGAUGGGGAGAUAGGAGAAGCAGGCGGAACAGAGGUGGAAGAAACUUACUGGCUGAUUGAACCUACGCUGAGGGGACAGCGUAUGGGAGAUAGAGAGGUGGAACGGACCCGGUGAAUCAGUGGUUGCUGAGCAAGGCGUGAUCGACAGAAUUUGAGACGGCCUCAGUGACCAAGUUGCUUACUACCGGCGUACGGUCGUACCAUACGACGUCUUCACCCGAAGAGAACGCCUUCAACGCCCCAUCAUUAUCGCAGCAUCUGGACAGGAAGUUGCCUAAAGACAGCACCAUUGCAGCUAUAAUGACCGGGCUUUUCUCGGGUUUCUUAUCAGCUCCUCCAGGCUCUCCCACUUCGUGGCCUUCGAAUAUCGACGAACAUACAAUGUGAAAAGUCGA